UGGAUAGGAGGGACAAAACAGAUUCAAGAUGGAAGUUGGCAAUGGAGUGAUAACACACCCUUUAGAUAAAGACGAAUGCGCUGAUGGUAUCAAUCAAUGUUCUUCAAAUGCUAGAUGUGACAAUACGCCUGGCAGUUUCACAUGUACCUGUGAUUGGGGAUUUAAGGGCGAUGGGUAUUCGUGUAUUCCUCAGUUAGAAUACAGGUGCAAUCCCGAUGACAGUAUAAAUUUGUUCAAUCUACCUGACGACGGUUACAUUUUUGCCAUGCAGAACGUCGCAAACGGAAUUGACACACCUUGCAUGGUGUCCAAUCAAAAUGCGACAACUGUGACACUGACAGGAUGUUCAAAGGACGAGGAAAUUAUUAUCACUUACGGACCAUACAGUGGACUAGCUACAUACAAAGUACAUAGUGGAAAAAGUGUGGUAGUAAAGUUUGUAUGUCUAGAGAUUGAUCAGGAAGGAGUUAUUAAACAAAUCAACAGUUCUUAUUCCGCACAGCUUACUGUAGACGAGCAGAUCAAUGUUAAUCCUUUAUACAGCUUGACUUCAUUACUCAGUUCGACUUCAACCACUGUGGGUCAUGAAAUAGUUUGGACAAUAUUCUUUCCAGAACACUACAGUUUGGAAGUUACCAGCUGCACAGCGUAUCCGGGAAUAGAUGAUUCAUCAAAAUGAUUCUGUUGCUUUGAUCUCAAAUGGCGGAUGUUCUGCCACCAUGGAUCUCAUAAGUAACUUUAAUAGUUAUAGUAAUGGAACUGCCACUGCCAGAUUGCUAGCCUUCAAGUUUCACAACUCUGGAAGUGUAUUUUUGAAGUGUAGUCUGAAAGUCUGUCCACCUGGAUCGCCACCAACAGCU